AUGGAAGUCGACAACGCACACUCGCCGCCAGAGUUCAAGCCAGACAUGGACGGCGUCGACGAUGAGGAACAGGAACCAGACGAGACCAUGCGCCUCAUUCCACAGGACCUCACAAACUUUUGGGUCACAUCGCUCCCUGCCCAAGUCGUAGAAGCCUGGAGCGAAAUCACAGAACCAAACGUCCCUCUGGGCAAGAUUCGCGUCUACAAAGUCUCCGACACGGAGCAAAUCGUCCGUCUCUUCUGGCAGCCGUCCCCAGACGCGCCCAUGAUCGAAUAUGAACUCGAAAUGCAAGAAAAGACGCUGAAAAACUAUAUUGUCGUCACAGAUAGGCCAAAAACCUCUCGCCCUGAAGAUCGCGCGCGAGUAACAGAGUUUAAAGGAGCCAUAGAACAUUUACUCGAGUGCAAAGCACGCUUCGACGUCGAUUAUCAAGCCCACCUCAAGCGCAGACAUGACGCAGCCCAGCCACAGGGUGGCAUCAAGUUUAUGGAGGAUAUGGGCGCAUCUACCUCGGAGAUCAGACGUCUCACAGCCGGCAAAGGCACCAAAGCCGCCGCAGGGACUGGAAUCGGCAAGCCACUCAAGGCGCCCAAACAACCCUUUGAACGCAUGGCACGCAUGGCCAAAAACGAUUUAUUGGACGCUCUUUUCCAUCAUUUCCGCCAAAAGACACACUGGUCCAUCAAGGAUCUGCGGCAACGAGUUCAGCAGCCAGAGGUCUACCUCCGCGAGGUCCUCAACGAGAUUGCCAUCCUUGAGCGCAGUGGACCCAACAACGGCAUGUACAGGCUCACAGAAAACUAUAUGCCCGUCGUUGAAGAGGCUGAAGAAGAAGAGGACGAGGCACAGAUGAAGGUCGAUCCUCAGCAGUACUCUCAACUCUACAAAAUGGAACCGGCGCCACAUUUCGACUAUGGUGCACCAGAUCUAGGGGACGAUGAUGAUGAUGACGAUUCGAGCGACGACGACGACGACAUGGUUGAAGCUUUGUAG